AAAGUGCUGGAUUUGGACAUAAACAUGCUCAACAGCAGGCACGCAAGCCUUAGAGAAAAAGGAGGAAUAUGGGGAUUGUGCAUCUUCUUGCUUUACACCAGCCCUCUUUCCUGUUUUGCAAAUUUCAGCCAAGCAAAGGAGCUCAUCUAUAAGAUAAAGGAGGGAUUACCCAGGGGGACCUUCAUAGGGACCAUUGGACUAGACUUAAAUUUGGAUUUCACUGUUGACCCCCCCUUUAUAUUCAAUCUCCCACAAAAGAAGACCAGUGAACAGUAUGUGAACCUAAAUAAUAUCACUGGGGAGCUUUACACAUCUGCUACAGAAAUUGACAGGGAGACCCUCUGCCCUGAUAACCUGGACAGUCAGGGAUGUGUCCUCUCACUGGAUGUGUUUGUGCUGCCUCAGCAGUACUUUCAACUUGUCAAAGUUAAGAUUUUCAUUGAGGACGUGAACGACAAUAGGCCAGAGUUCCCAGUGGAUGUGAUCUGUCUAUCUGUCCCGGAAAACACACCUAUAAAUGCUCGUUAUGCGGUUGAGCAGUCUGCAGUCGACCCAGACCUGGGUCUUCACGGAGUGCAGACCUACUGGCUGGUUAAUGACUUUGGCGUGUUUACACUGGAUGUUGAGGAGAAUGAGGGAGGGGAGCUGACACCCUUCCUCAUUGUUAUGGAGGCUUUAGACAGAGAAUCACAGGAUGAAUACAUUACAGAUAUUAUUGCAGAGGAUGGAGGGACCCCUCCUCUGCUUGGAGCAGCUACUUUAAAAAUUGUCAUCACAGAUGUGAAUGAUAACUGCCCCCACUUCACAGAGUCACACAUUAAUGUCACUCUGCAUGGGAAUACCACUAAAGGGGCACAUUUGGCACAUCUGGAUGCUUUUGACCCUGACCUUGGCGCUAAUGCUCAGAUCAGCUAUGCUUACAGUGAACGUGUGCCAAGGGACACCAGGACUUUGUUCCAUUUGGACAGAAACACAGGAGUGAUCAAGCUAGCAGGGAAGAUAGACACUGGCACAGCCACAUUUUACAAACUCACCAUUCUUGCUAAUGGACCUGGUUGUAUCCCUGCUGUUGCCACUGUCACUGUGAAUAUCAUCAAAGUUGUCACUGGACCCCCUGCUGUCAUAGCCCGGUACAUUGCCCCAGAAAAGGAUGGAGUGAUAACAAUUAAGGAGUCUGAGCCCGCCUUCUAUCCAAUUGCUUUUUUUACUGUUAAAAACAUUGAUAAGAACCAAAGGGUAGACUGCCAUUUGGAAGGAACAGGUCCCUUCAGGCUUGUCCCUUAUCAGCUGUUCAAGAAUGAAUACUUGCUGGAGACUACAGAGCCCUUGGACUAUGAAAGGACACAGGAGUAUGAGUUAACUGUGGUUGCUAAGAAUACAAGAGAUCUUGUCUUCAAGAUGUACCUCAAGGUGCAGGUUUUAGAUGAAAAUGAUAAUGCACCAGUGUUUCAGCGGUCUUUGCUGGAAGUAUCUAUUGAGGAAAACAAUCCACCAAACACAUUUCUAGCCCAGGUACAAGCCUCAGACCAGGACAGUGAAAGCCGAGGGGAGGUCAUCUACCUUCUUGGGGGUGACAUUCCUGGGAUCUUUGCUGUGGAUCGCAUCACAGGUGUCCUCACCGUGACCACAUCACUGGACCGUGAGGAGAAAGAGGCAUACCGGUUCAUAGUGAGAGCAGUGGACCAGGGGACACCCAGGAGAGAGUCAAUUGCAACUGUGGUAGUGACUGUGCAGGAUCGCAAUGACAACAGUCCACGCUUCAUCAAUAAGGACUUUACUUUCUUUGUGCCAGAGAACUUCCCGGGGUAUGGUGAGAUCGGGGUCCUCUCUGUGACAGAUGCUGAUGCUGGGGAAAAUGGCUGGGUGGCCCUUUCCAUCAUCAACGGCAGCGACAUCUUCAUGAUAGACACAGGUCGAGGGGCGCUAAGGGCCAAGACAUCACUGGACCGUGAGCAACAAGGGACAUACCAGCUGUGGAUUGAGGCUGUCGAUGGAGGGAAGCCUGCACUUUCCUGUGUUACUAUGGUGACAGUGCUGCUGUUGGAUGUAAAUGACAACCCACCAAUUGUUCUCUUCCCCCAGUCCAAUCAAUCCUACAUGCUAGUGCUACCCAAUACACUACCAGGAACAUCAAUCACAGAGGUGUAUGCUGUGGAUAAGGAUACAGGCAUGAAUGCUGUGAUUGCCUAUAGUAUCAUUAAGAGGAAAGGCGGUGAGCCAGGGUCAUUUGCCAUUGACCCAGAAACAGGAAAUAUCACAUUAAAGAGGGAGCUCAGCAACCGGGGCCUGUACAGCCUCCUGGUAAAGGUCAGUGAUCAUGGCCAGCCCGAACCACUUUACUCAACAGUCAUGGUAAACUUCUUUGUCAAUGAAACAGUUAGUAAUGAGAGUUACAUUCAAAGUCUGCUGACCAGAGAGUCUGAAAUAGAGACAGAGGAGAGACCCUGGUACACUGGUCAUAUGACAGAGGGGCCUGAGAAGUAUGAGCUGUUCCCUUGUCAGCGUCUCCUCAUUGCUCUUUCAGUGACAUGCCUUGGGCUCUUCCUCACGGUUGUUAUGCUGACAUCUUACAUAUGCUGUAAGAGGUUUAAGAAGCACAGAAAGAAAAGACCAGAAGUGGAAAUACCUUUAAAAAUGAAGAAGGACCCAGUGCAUGUUGUGAACAGAAAGUUCAGACAGAUCUCAAACAUCUGAUAUUCAGCUGUCCACACAUUCAAGAACCACCUCUGUUUACAUAAAUGUUUACAAAAAUCGCUAUAAGAAGUGUAGAUCUGACACCAAGUUGCUCCUAUAAUAUACAAUAUACCCCCCAAAAAAUCUUAACUCACUGGCCACUCAAAAGUUUUCCAGAGCUUGCAAAUGAAUCUUACAGUCUUCUUUAGCUCAGUCUUUGAAGCAUGAUAUUCAUUUUCUGAUAUAAACAAUGAUAUGAAGGAUGUACCAUGUGAAAUGUGU